AUGGCCGCGCCUGGCAGCAACCGCUAUGCGAUGUUCGCGAGUGCAGACAGCAGCGAAACUCCUGUCCGCAGUCCCGCUAUUGACCAUUCUCAAAACCCAUUCCUCAACCAGAUUGCCGAUGACUCGAUGCCAUGGCAAGAGGUCAAGAAGCGCGGCGCCCCUGCAGUACAGCCGGCACCACCGGUUCGACGCUCUCCGCAGGUGCUGAAUGACCGCACCAAGGCUAUCCUCAACCGCCCACGCGCCCAGCAAGGGCAAGAUCGCAUCGUCUCGGGCUCAACGGACAACACACCCGAAAAAGCAUACGAUCCACACGAGAACUGGUGUGGCGUCUGCUCGUACAAGUUCGCCAACAAAGCUGCACUGCUCAGUCACAUUAAGCAGAGCGUCGGACACGAAAACUAUUGCAACCUCUGCAAGCGCGUCUUCGUGGACCGCAAUGGUCUCAAAAACCACGUCGACAAUGCAGCGAACCAUGAAGUUCAUUGCAACCUUUGUCUCUCCGCUUUCAAGGAUGACUGGGCUCUCAAGAACCACUUCGAGAAUAACUACAGCGUCGGCCAUGAGUGGGUGUGUCUUACUUGCCUGCUCGGCUUCAACACUCGCGCUGAGUUGGAGCGACAUCUUCAAACCGCUGCAAAGCAUACGUGGUGCGGAACAUGCCAGCGCCGAUUUCGCAAUCAGGAUGAACGGGAUGCACAUUGGGAACAAACGAACAGUUGCGACUUCGAUGGGCCAGACGAGUCCACGCUUGCACGGCAUCUCAAGUGUGACCACUUCCAGUGCGAAGGCUGCAAGCGCAUACUACCGAGCUUUACCAAGCUUACGCAACACUACGAGAGCUGUGCAUUCGCGCUUGCCUGCCCCCAAUGCGGCGAGCACUGUGCUGGAAAGACCCAACUGGGUAUUCACCUCGAGAACUGUUUCCUUUGCGAGGAAUGUGGCUUCCACACUCACCACGAGGGCAACUACCACAUUGUCCGCUGA